UGGACCCUAUAAAUUGACCAACAUCUUGAUGCAGCUGUCAGUUACUUGUGUAAGUAAACGAUAUCGCCAUGUUAAGAAAGACUGUGCUUUGCUUGUUCAUCGCGUGCUUCGCAUCGGUGAGAUCCAUUGAAAUUCCGGAUGGACUAAUAGACGAAACAGCUGCUGCCUGCAUGAAGGAGACAAACGUCGAUAAGGCGAAGCUCUCCGAAAUGUUCGACGAUGAUUUCCAUAUGAAAUACCCUCACGAUGUGACAUCAAAGUUUAUGGAAUGCGCCGUAGGCAAAGUUGACUAUUUCCACGAAGAUGGCGGGUUUAACAAGGAUGUAAUUACUAAAGACCUUGCAAAGUCGCUUCCAAACUUUGUAGCGGAUAAGAUUGAUAACGAGAAGGCGGCAGAAAUGGCGAAGGAAAUCUACCAUGAAUGCGGCACUCCGAAAGGGGAAAAUUCAAUUGAGAAGGUGGCCAAUUUCCACAAUUGCGUAAUGGUUGAAUUGAAGAAGAAAAAAACAGCCGCGUAAAAGAACCCGUAUUUUAGUAGUAAAAAUAAACUUAUACACGCAAAAAAA